AUGUUCACCUACCAUGAGAGGCAGCAGAUGCCUCAGCUUCUCAGUCGUCCACGACGAACGGAGACGAAGCACGCUAAACUAGGAAACGAGAUUAAUCAAUGUGGCAUUUGUCUUCAUCAACCUAAAGACCCCGUAGUGGUCAUAACUAGCGGAGUUAUCUAUUGCAGGUCUUGCAUUAUUCUCAGUCUUGGAGAACAGAAAGAAAAGGCCAAUCAACUUACAAAAGAAAAAGAAGCUGCUCAAAAACUACUCAUACAACAUCGGAACAAGAAUCAACGAGAUUUGACAAAAGCCUUCCAGGAGGCAAACCAGCUAGUACGACCAGACCAGGAGUCUUGUUCGAUGGAAGAACGGGACGAUGAGCUGAGCGACGACACUGCCGAAGUCAAAGAGACUUUGAAAGCACAGCGAAAACAAGCUCCAGUCAGUGGUGGUCCUCCACCUCCGGUGGAUUUCUGGACCGGUUCAUUGGACAAGGACGAAAUUGAGGAGUUGGAGUCGCGGGCAAAUGCGAAAGUGAGUAAGCAUCGUGUGUGUCCGGUGACUGGUCAACGCAUGAAAUUCCAGGACCUGUUGGCCAUCAAGCCUAAGAUUGACGGCGACGGUAAUUGGCUCUGUGAUGUGUCUUCACAGGCCCUAAGAAAUAAGCGGGUUGUAUGUCGCCAAAAAGAUGGGUCAUUGAUAUGCGAAGUGAGUAAAUGUGUUUUUCACCCCUUGCUGCUAUUUGGAAUGAGUUAUUCCCACAAGAAUCUGUCGUCCACGUUAGGUCCGGCGUCCACGUUAGGUCCGGCUUGUGAACGACUAGUUGUGAAGGACUAG